CUUCGGAUCUCAAUCCGAUGAAUAAUGUUUCUAUCCAAAAUCACCUCGGCAGGAGUAUAGCAUUACAUUAUAUGAGUAAAGAGAACUACGUUGGGAGUCUCUGGGUAGCUGGUUGGCUGGGAAGGGUGGCAGGUGCGCACUUGAGUGGCGCAUCUACCCCGCAGUUGCAUCAUAGAGCGAGAAGGGUG